CUACAACCUUCCACCUUACAUCACGCAUGUCAGAGGUGUCGCACAUCGCAACCCUCUCUCGCAUCCAACAAGCACUUAAGUGUAAGAGUAGGUCGGAUAAUACUAUGGCGACCAACUCGACGAACUUUUAUGAUCUAUAUCGUCAUGGAAGCCUGGGAACGACUCUGACCGAUGCGCUCGAUGACCUUAUUGGGGCCGAGCGCAUCGAUCCUCAGUUGGCGAUGAAGGUCCUGACCCAGUUCGACCGCAUUGUUGCCGAGUCCCUGUCGGAAAAGGUCAAGGCUCGAUUGACUUUCAAGGGCUCGCUCGAUACCUACCGCUUUUGCGACGAAGUCUGGACCUUCUUGAUCAAGAACGUAACGUUUAAGAUGGAUAACGGCAGCCACUCCGUUGUGGCCGACAAAGUCAAGAUUGUCAGCUGCAGCGCGAAACGCACCGAUGAGAAGUAGGACAUCUACCAUUGACUACAUGUGACGUUUCGGCUAGUUUAGGAGAUCUCUUGAAAAGGAUUAUACCCAGACAGUUCGGCAUGCCAAUAGGAAAGAUAGAUCAAUGACUCCCGAAUCGUCACGUAAAUACGCGUGUAUUAUUGUAAUCUGUACCUUCCCCACACCGCACUAACUCAGGUCCUGUAUACUCCAAUCCCUGGAUGUUUGUUAGUGGGGAACUCUCCAAGAUUUGAAAGGCGUUAACAACUUAAAGCUCGCUCUAAAGGUUUUUCGCCGAGGUAAAAGCUAUUGGAAUCCCUAUUUUAUAAUCUCGGAGGCAUUUCCCUAUCCUAGAAAUACCUAUUAAAGGCUUUUCCUAGCCGGUAUAUUUAUUGUGAUCUUUCCUAUUUGUUAGUAUCUACCAAAGUACCACG